ACGCUGGCUUGCCUGGCCAAUAUUAUUUUCCUAAGAAGUUUUAGUAAAGUUACAUCCUCAUUCACUAACCCUAUUGUAUAUAUAUGCAUGUUUGUGUUCCCAGUGUUCCAUAAGAGCAACACUAGAGCAAUGCCAUCAAAAAUAUACUACUAUCUUCAACAUGAAUGUCAACAUACCUUCAACCGUCACCCUAGGCGACCUUCAUCUGCCCCGCAUCCUUUAUCUUCACGGUGAAGGUGUCAACGCUGAAGCUUUCCGCCUCCAAUGCCGGGGUCUAUUUCGAGCUCUCAACGGCACAUUCAGACUCGUCUUUCCUGAUACGCCUUAUCUAUCGCCCGCUGAUCCUGGUGUUUUACCCACCUACGCUCAUCUACAGCCAUUUCGCCGUCCGCUACGAUGGAGACCUGAGCAACCUAAUCCUGGACCUGACGUCAUCUGUGAUGACCUUGACAUGACUUUGAAAGAGGCAAUGAAUGGCGAUGACGCCUUACUGCUAGUUUAAUUCUUCGUCAACAGCUUCGAGCAGAGAAGCUGGGCAAGGCUAAAGCUGGCACGGAUUUCAAAUUUGCCAUCCUUUUAGCCGGUAGAGUUCCUUUGGUUGCGCUCGAUCCGUUGCUUACGGACUCACCUGCACUGGCUGAUGCUGAUGAGUUGACUACUGGAGUAUUUUCUCAAGUCACCGGUUCAUUUCUUCAAGGAUCAGAUCAUCUUCUGACACUUCCUACUUUGCAUGUUCAUGGAUGAAAGACCCAGGUAUUGCUAAUCACCGUCGACUUAUGAAAGACUUUAGAAAGACUUUUGUAGGGCAGGGACAACUCGACUGGUGGAGUGGGAUGGUGAUCAUCGUGUAGUAAUCCGAGCUGCGGAUGCUGUUGUUGUUUCGAACGAGAUUUUGGCGAUGAGCAGACAGACCGGUGCAAUACCUUAGGCAGUCAAGCAUUCAAUCUUUCUCCUUUUAAAUAAGCUAGAUUACCACAAAUGUAACAUUCUUUGCGUAGUAUAACUCCACUGGUGAUAUUUGUUAGAUUGUGGAGCUCAAGCUGGCAAACGCACGUGUGUAGAUGGGUGUUUGAGUGUAACGUAGAGAUAGACAAUCCGUUGAUGAGCUUACCAGCUCCUCGUUUCUUUGAUUGCUAUGCCCAAAGUAGAAGAAUAUUAAAAAUCCCCGUCUACCAUGUAAUACCCGUAAUAUGGGGGACAUACAGCUUCAACGGCAGUGCGCUGUCGCAGGAUUCUUG